AUGGCGACCCAUGAGCAAGAGGCACAGGGCAUCGAGCGACGACGCCUGCAAAAUCGUCUGGCACAGCGGCGCUUUCGUCAAAGAAGACGGGCCAUGUCGGGCGAGACCGAGUCACACGGCCGGGCCGAGAAUGUCGUAUUGCCACGGGGAAAUGUGGCUGUGAACUUGGACGCUGCGCUCUCUUCGACGACUCUCCCACACCUUAACCCGAACUAUUCCGGGCACGACCCGUUUCCCGACAUGGGCGACUUGGAUGCCGCAUUCCAGGUCGACUUCUCCUUAUUCGAGGAUGACUUCUGUCGCCUCGACACGCUGGCAGGAAACGCACCGGCGAUGUCCUUAGGGACCCCUGUGCCUCCCAGUGCGAGAUCCAGACCCGGGUACAGCACUCAGGGUAGAAGAACCACGGAAGAAAGUAGGACACCGUCCAGCACCUCCGACAGCACAGGUGCCCGGAACAUCGAGCUGGCGGGGACAAAGGGCCCUGCUGCCGAGCCCACGGCUGGGACCAAGAGCGAGCUCCUCUUCCAGUGCCGGGCGAACGGCAGAGGGUGGCUGAACGCGCUGCACAUCGCGGCAAUGCGAGGAAACACCAUGAUAGUACGAUGCUUGCUGCAGCAACACAUGGACCCGAACUCGAGAGACAGCGACGGGCUGACGCCCCUGAUGCACGCCUCGGCCGGCGGCGGCCCCUCCCAGGUUGAGGUCUAUGAUGACGCCGGCCGCACGCCCCUGCACGCCGCCGUGGAUAUAGGGUUUGAGGCUGGCGUGGCUGUCCUGUUGGGCUUUGGCGCGGAUCCCUACUCGAGGGCCAAGAAGUCGUAGCCAUACCCAGACACUUGCUUGCGUCCGGCCGUGCUGGCCGCCUACCCGGACGGUCCCCCUGGCGGAAGCUGGCGGAGGCGUCAAUGGACGUGUUGGUGGCGGCGUGGGUGGCCUGUCUGUCCCUUGUCUUGAGACGCUGGAGAGCAUGAUGAACAAAU